AUGAUCGUGUCCUUCACCACGCAGAACCAUGCAAGCCGUUCGACUUUGAAUAAUGCACAAGGAUACUCCUCGGAGCUCGGUGAGAGCCGCCUGCGACUCCGCUUCCCACACCUGACACUGCUGAAGCCGGCUGGCCCAGAGGGCUCUUCAAGCGCCGUGGCCUUGGCAGAUAUCUCGCAGAGCAGCUGUGGCCGCAUCCUUCGCGAGAUCUGGUCCGAGGAUGUCGACGGCUUUCCGAUGCCAAAGGGAUGUGCCUACGAGCACGACGCCACCAGCGGCACGGAUUUCCGGGAAGUGUCCCUGGUGUUCUCGGCACGAAGCGGGCUGAAGCCCUCCACUUCCUACCAGCUGGUGCUGGACUUCGUGGCCUUUGCAGCCUCGGCCUCCUUGGCUCGGCCUCCAGAGGGGCUCCUGCAGCUGUGGACGAUGGACGACCUUGCCGCAAAGCCGUUCGGAGUCAUCGAGUAUGCGCCAGCGUGGCUGGAGGAGGAGAUCCUGGCAGGGGCCACGGGCUCGGCCUCCCGUUUCCACGUGGCGGGGGGUGCUGAGAUUCUGGACGAAGCCGGCAGCGGCGAGAUUGACCUUGCUGCACAAGGCAGCACCGCCAACAUCGGGAUAAGGCUUCGUGCAGAGGCUGGCGCGAACAUCGUGACUGGCGGGCACCUCCACGUGUUUUUCUGGCCACUGACACAAUGGCACCUGAACGAAGCCUGCGCUGCCGAGUGUUUGCCAGCCCAGGGCACGGUUUGUGCUGCCCCGUCUUGUGCCACGCAGGUGCUGGCCACACGGCGUUGCUCUGUGAGAGUGGCGUUUGGAGACAUGGACCCCAUCACCGAGACCGUCCAGCACACCAUUCGCUUGCUGCUUGUCCAGGCCUUGCUGCCUCCACCGAGUGGGUUCUUCGCGGCGGCGGCCGGGGUGGAGCUGCGCUCUUCCGGGGGAGUGGCCCCGAGCUACCGCGUGACAACAGGCGCCCUGCUCUACGCUCCGCCAAGCGCCGCUGGCUCGGUCAUGGCAGGCCUGGGUCAGGACCAUCCCUUCCGCGGGGACCGUCAGAACAACAUCUUCCUCAGGCUGAUCUUCGGCGCCGCCGUCUUCGGUGGUGCCUCUGCUGCCGCCCCUGGCGGGGCCGGCGCGGCGGCCGCCUCCCCAGGCUUUGAGGUGCAGCUGCCUCCUGGCUACGCUUGCACUGUGGCCGCAAGGACAAGGAUGUUGCGCAUCUACUGGGCUUCGGGCAAACUCGCCCUCGCCCUCGAGCCGGAGGAGUUCGAAAGCAUUGCGUCAGGGCCUUCCACAGUAAGGCGCCUCAAGCAGCAUCUGCAAAGUCAGUGCAAGAGGUCUAGAUUCAGGCAGCGCCUGCUUCGCGACGGUUCUCUCUUGGGUGAGGACACACACUUGGAACUGCCACUAGAGCUACAACUCGUGAUUCUACCCUUCAGCCCUGCCACGGACCUACAGAUCACGGAGCUACGACGCGCUGUAGAAUGUGAUCGGCUGCAGGAGGUCGAAGCUAUCCUGCAGAGGCCACAGGACGCCGACUUGUCGGUUGCCCGUGAUGGGACCACGGCGCUACAUGUGGCAGCGGAGCGCGGCUUCAUAGCAGCUGCGAAGUUGUUGCAGGAGGCCUGUGCAGACAUUGACAAGCCGGACGUUGUGGGGUCCACGCCUUUGCUGAUGGCGGCCAAAAGUGGCCAACUGAGCAUGGCGCGAUACCUUCUGGAAGCGCGGGCGGAUUUGAACGCCCGGCACUCCGCGGCCGGCCGCGGCUACGGCGGCUACGGCGGCUAUGGCGGCUACGGGCCCAUAGGGCCCACGCCGCUUUUCAUGGCGGCCCUGACGGGGCGUUUGGAGGUCGCACGGCUGCUUUUGGAGGCCCGGGCUGACAAAGAGAAGUCCGAGGCCUACUCCACGCCGCUCUUCGUGGCAUCGCAGCAGGGGCAUUUGGAGAUUGCGCGGCUCUUGCUCGAGGCCAAGGCGAACAAGGAUAGCAGCAACGAGGAAGGGGAGACCCCUCUCCUGAAGGCAGCGGAGCGUGGCCACGUCGAAGUGGCACGGCUCCUUCUUGAGGCUGGCGCAAACAAGGACAAGCCCGCCUACUGUGGAUCGACGCCUUUGUUCGUGUCCUGCGUAGCCGACCGCUUGGAGGUGGUGCGGCUCUUGCUCUCCUUCCGGUGUUCGCAGGAUGCCGCGAACAAGUACGGAGACACGCCUUUUUCCAUUGCUUGCCGCUGUGGCCACACCAGCAUCGCCGAUUUGUUGCGAGAGAACGGUAUCGAUGCAGGCCCCGCUGCACCAGAGGAGCUCACCUCCUACAUGGAUUCGAGGGCGAUGCCGGAGGUUCCGCAGGGCCGGGGCGACAUCGGCCUGGAUCCACAGAUAGAUGGGUACUGGCUCUACAGCGGUCGCUUCUGCAUCUACGUUCUCCGCUCUUAUGGGGUGGUCUAUGCCGGCAGUGCCAUCGUCCUGAAGCUGGUGGUCAACAAUCCCAUCUUCGCGCUCCCCCAAAACGACCCGCAGAACGUUUGGACUCUCAGGCUCCGUGGCACAACAGCUCCUCUGGCUACCGCUUCGACCGCGCUGCCGAGAACCGGACUGCUGACGGCUCUGACCGAAGAAUCGGCGAGGCUGAGGAAGAAUGUGCCGGUCUUGGGGGUCUUGAGAGAUGCCACGGUCACGCCUGAGUUCUUCGGAGCGGGCGUCACCAGGAAUUGGCUCUCCGUCUUCUUCACUGCCGAGCAAAGCGGUCCUGGCAACGGGGGAGCUCUGGAGCUGCGUGUGCCCGAGGGCUUCAGCUUCCCGCCAAGCUGCCUGACCCAGCCGCUGCCGGCUUACCACUACGCCGCGCCCUCCGUGCAACUCGCCGGCACGGCCGCGCUGCGCCCGACCUCGCCGGUGGCUGUGCGGCGCUGCCGAGUCGGAGGUGCACCCAACAUCGCCGAGGUGACUCUGCCAAGCAGCGUGCGCAUUGCUGCUGGAAGCACUUACGGCUUCGAAAUCCAGGUCUUCAACGCGGUGCAGUACAGUUCCGCCCAGCAAGACGGCUUCAGGCUCACGACUCGGAGUACGGCCGGCGACGACAUCGACGCGACGUACAGCACCAUCCGCUACAUUGCCAGCGACGCGGAGGGACCCGGCACCUCCUUUGGAGUCUACGAGGAGCCGAUGCCCUCAGGCUCCUUUGUGCUGUCCUUCGACAGCAUGCUACCAUAUUCGGAAAGUGGCUUGGCCACCCGUGUGGUCGUUUUCCCGCUGAAGGUGCCCUUCGACUCUUUGGACCCAGUGAACUGGCGCCUUGUGGCGCCUUUGGGCUUCAUCUGGGACUUCCGGCCAGCAGAGUUCCUGUAUCGGCGACAGGACAUCCUGGGAGUCUCUGCGGACCUGCCCAUCGCCGCAGCACCCACAGCGCCCUCAGCGGAGCCCCUGGCCAUCCUAACCGUGGCCGGCAACUUCCAAGGAGGCUGGGAUCGGACUCAGACUUAUGGAUUGGUGGCCAGGAUCCGCGUACCGGACGGCACACCGCUGGCUUCGAGCAACGUCUUCCUCCUGGAGUUUGGCUAUGAUUCCAACACGGCCACGGGUCGAAGGGCUGCAGCCAGCACACCCGCGCCGCAGGUGCGGGCCUUGGUGAACUUCCACGUGGACUACUUCCGCACGUCGCUGGCCGGGCAGCAGAAUGUGCUGAUGAUCCAAUUCCAGUCCAUCACGGCCCUGCCGGUUGGCGGCAGCCUUCUAGUGGACGCACCCGCAGGCUUCGCGGUGGAGGAGAGCUGCGCACUACAGGUGGCUCCAUCCCUGGAGGUGCUGUAUCAGGACUUGGCCGCCGUCAGCGCCACGCUGCUCUGCAGCGCUGUCGUCCCCACCACCACGCAGCGGCCGCAGGUCACUCUCCGUGUGGUUGCUGGCGAGGUCCCGGCCGGGCCCUACGUCAUGGCCCUAGCGGCCCGGAACCCAUUGGUCCCGGAGCUUGGAGGACUUGAGUGGAGAAUCUCCAGCUUCACAAAUUCGGCGGAUGCGGAGGUUGCAGACCUUGGCUCGACGGCUGAGGGCAUCUCGGCUGCAACAGAGAGCGGCGUCAACUCGGCGGACAGCGGGCGCGAUGAUCACCCUGGCCAGGUGACAAACGUCAUCCUGGCCUUCGAGCUCGCUUCUACGCCCACAAACGCUGGCGAGUCGACGCUGACGGUCAAGGCACCCGCAGGCUUCAGCUUCCCAGCGCUCUGCACGGUCGUUGUGACUGGAGAUGUCUUCGGUCCGGGUAACCAGAUCCCGUUGGCCUUCGCAGCCUUCGAGGCGAGCGCCGUGGUGAGCACCUGCGAAGGCGGUGGGCGAACUGCGCGGCUCUUCGUCGCACCGGGUCUAGUCCGGGGCCGCCGCUACGUGAUGCGGCUGCAGGGUGUGAACGGAGAGGAGACGGCGGAACAAAACCUUUGGACCAUCAGCUUCGCUGGUGAAGCUACUGAGCCCUUUGAGGGCUAUCGGCUCUGGCGCUUCACCGAGGUGUCGGUGACGCCAGAUGCAACAGCGCGUUCAACACUUGCCGAGGAGACACGCAACAACGUGACGCUGCGCUUCCGGACAACGAAUGCGGUUACAUCUGCAGGCUUCCUCGCACUACAGGCGCCGUUUGGCUAUGUCUUCCCGACGCUGUGCCAAGCAGCAUUGCAAGAGCUGGAUGCCACAGACACUCCGAUCGCCGGCUCUGGGACCGUCUUAUGCAGUGGAACCCCUCUCCCGGGCUCCACGGCAUCAAUCCACCCCGUUGGGGCCACCAUGCUCGCCGCCUUGGCAAAGUACCAGCUGAACGUGGUUGUUCGGAACCCCACCGUCAUUGCCAUGGAGGCUGGGACAUGGCAGAUUCACAGCUACGCCACGCAGGAGGCUGACUACGGCAACCUCCUGGACAUUGGAGAGGCUCCGGGAUUUUUGCUCACCGAAGUCUUCCACGCGCUCCGGGUCAUCUAUCCGGUUGCCACGCCUUCCACAGUUGACGAGCUGGAGCUCCGAGUGCAGAUCCUCCUCUCCACUUCGCUGGAGAUUGGGGACGUGCUGGAAAUCAUUGCCCCGGACGGCUACGAUGUCACCGGCAACAGCACCUCUGAGUUUGACAACCUGCAGAGGCUCUGCAACAAAUUUCGCCAGUGGUCUGCAGCCCCGCUGCCGGUGCCCAGCUGCAACGUGCGCGUGGUGCACUUCGAGUUCGCGACCGCAGGCCUUGCGGUCAUCGAUGUCCCUGGGGCCCAGGCGCUGACGCCUCUGAUGGACUUCAGCGUGACCUCCUUGUACCCACGGAAGACGCUCAGUGAGCAGGCCACGACCUUCCAUGGCGAGCAGCGCAGGGGCGCCACCGUCAUCUCCGCCAAGACGGUUCCUGGAGAGCUGGUGACGCCGCGGCUGCUGGAGGUCUCAGUAGUCCGUACGGACUCUUUCGUGGCCGUGCAAAGCUUGGCUUCUCUUCGUCUGGCAUUUCGCGUGAGCCAGGACGCACAAGCUCUACACGUCACUACAGAGGUCCAGGACGCCGCAAGCCAAGCCGAGCCCUUGCGAUUCGACUUUGCGACUGCGACGGCCGUCGCUGUGGGCACAGAGGUGAGCCAGGUGAUUCGGAGCAACGCAUCGCUGCUGCUGCACAUGACGCUGGAGCAAGGGCGCGCCUACAGCUUGAUUCUCGGAUCUGUCGCAAACCCUUCCACGCCCGGCACGGCCUUAUGGACGAUGACGAGCUAUGUGCUGGCGGAGGAUGGGUUGCUUGACACGGCCGGCCAGCGCGACAGGUCCGUCAACUUCGCUGGGCCCGUGACACUGAACCGCUUGAGCAUCGACGCUUCCUCCACCAGCCUGACAGAUCCCUUCUUCGACAUUGUCAACACAGAGCUGAGUUUGGCUUUCGUGGCCUUCCCACGCGUGGUGUCAGCCGGGCAGUACCUCGUGCUCUCCGCGCCGGCAGACUUUGCCUUCCUCGAGAAGAGCUUCAGCCCUGGCGAAGGCUUCCCGCUGAUCUCGGGGCAGGUGGAGGUGUUGGAGCUGGAGGGAAAUCGGCCCAGCUAUGCGGUCCAGAUUCUGUCGCCCAUCUUGCCAAGCCAAGCCGUGAAGUUCUCCGUGAGGCUCCGGACACCAUCUGCACCUGAAGAUCUGAGCCUCUGGGCAACAACGCACCGCUCCAACCUCUUGCUGCGAGCGUGCCGUGACUCUCUGUGCCAGGACCCCACCGCCAGCAACGACGAUCUUUUUCCAGGCUUUGAGAUGAAGGCAUCCUUUGGGACUGCGACCAUCACGCCCCAGGCGAAUGGUAUUGCCCCGCAACUGGACGUGACGGUCACGCUGCAGAUUAGCCCCAAAGCAACCCUCGCCUCGCUGAUCGAGGGCGGCACGGUGCACCUGCGGAUCCGCCCCUCGGCCGAGCUCUAG